AUGUCUGAAUUUAUAAAUGAGAACCCAGUUGUUCUGGAUAACAACCAACUUCCUAGCAGAAAGGAUGGUGGUUCGCAGGAGUUUCUGUUAGGUGAUGUUACUGAUGAGGAGAGCGUACAAAGGAAGAAACUUUUGUUCAAGCUCGAUCAUUCGGCAAAAUCCCCUGCUCUCGAAAGUGUCGAACUCCUCGAUAGACUUUUAUUAUUGGAUGCUCCACCAGACUUGACCAGUGAUGAGGAGAGUGAGGAAACCGAGGAGGACUUCCAUGAUGCAUCAGAAACGGAAAAGGCAGACCCCAUCGAUGCACAAGAGAUAUACGACCUGCUCGCUCAUAUAACAGAUCCAGAGCAUCCCAUAUCCUUGGGCCAGUUGUCCGUAGUGAAUCUAGAGGAUAUUGAAGUUCACGAUUCCGGAAACAAAGAAGAAAUGGCUGAAGUAAUAGUUAGAAUAACACCCACCAUCACGCAUUGCUCUCUUGCUACUUUGAUUGGUUUAGGUAUACGGGUACGUUUGGAUAGAGCACUGAAUCCACGGUUCAGAAUUACUAUCCUGCUUAAAAAGGGAAGUCAUCAAAGCGAAAAUCAAGUUAACAAGCAGCUUAAUGAUAAGGAACGUGUGGCGGCAGCGUGCGAGAAUGAUCAACUGUUGAGUGUUGUCUCUAAAAUGCUAAGUACAUGCAAAUAA